AUGACACGAAACCAACCACCAACACCUAGAACAAACUUGCCCGCCGCCGGAGCCACAAUGAUCGCCUUGUCCUUUUGGUUGGCGUGCUUGGCGGCAGCUCUACAGCCAACGUCGGCUGCCGACGCCGGAAGGGGCGGGAUCUUGCAUACCCCUUCUGCCGCCGAGCUGCAUCAGGCUCGUUGCCCUUCCAGAUGCGGGGAUGUAGACAUUCACUAUCCGUUCGGGAUAGGGCCGGGCUGCUUCCGGCAAGGCUUCGAGCUCACCUGCGACAACACCACUAGUUCUUCGAGGCUCUUUCUAGACAACAGUACCACUGAGGUCCUUGAGUUGUCUCCCGGAGAAAAUUUGCUUGGAGUCUCUCCUAUCCACUUCAACGUCACCAUGAAACCAGGUAUGAACGACACCUAUAACAUGUCAUGGGAGGCCCCUGUUAAAGGUCUUAUGGCCUAUAAAGAAACAGGCUUGUUCGUUGUUGGCUGUGGUGUGGGUGUCUACUUGUUCGGCCAUGAUACCAACAAGCCCAUAGGUUCUUGCACGAGUAUUUGCCUAGACAACAAAGAGGCCAUGAGGGAGGCAAAUGCAAAUCAGUACUCUGGCGAUGUUGGGAUGGGAUACUGUUCCAUCCGUAUGCAGCAGGAAGUGCGAGCCUUUGGGUUCAUAGUUGGCCGCCUUAAUGGUGGCCUCUCAGCUCUAUCAAGUCAAGGUCAGGGGCUCUCUAAUAGUAGUAUCAAAGUUUUCUUGGCGGAAAAUUACAAUUUUCAUACGGUUGACAUCUAUUCAAGUAUGAUAGACGAACAGAAUGUUGACGGGCCAUAUUUUAGAAUGGCCAUCACGGAUCAACCAAACUGUGAAAGUGCCCAGAAGAACAAGUCAAGCUAUGCUUGUAGCGAUAACAGUGAUUGCCAGGAUCAGACAUCUGGAGGCUACUCCUGUCGCUGCCGCAGUUACGCAGAUGACGAGAAUCCGUACAUUAUGGACGGCUGUCAAGGUCAGGAAUUUACUCAUUACUUAGGAUUAUACAUAAAAAUAUUCAACUCGCAUGUCAUGAAUAUUGGAUUCAAAUAUGCAUGAUUGAAUAUUAUGGGAAUUUUUGCACCAAUGAUAUUAAUAUAACUUUGCUUCUCUGUUUAACACUCGGUGUCAUUUUUUAUUGGGAAAAAAUCAUUAUGCAUCCUAGGUAAAAUAUAUAGCUACUAGUGCUAAGAAAAGGCACUAAUUGUAUUCUCGCCCAAGACUCAAAAUUGCUUGUCAUAGAAGUUUGAAAAUCAGCACGCACCUUUUUGUAGAAUAUUUGACACAUUUGGAUGCUAUAAUAAAAGCAUAUCUC